AUGGGUGAAGCCUCCUCCAAUUUGCCUCCGUCAAGAGAACUUCGCCUUAAUAAUGGGCAUCCAACCAAGCGAGUGUGGAAGCCUCUGUGGUGUUGGUGGGAGCGCCCGGUGGAGUUCGACCAGCCGGUACCUGGUGGAGGUGAAGGAGAACACCUGCACCUGAAGCACCUCACAGCCAGGGUCACCCCGCAAGGAGCGCCGCUGACGUUCAGGAUCACAGAGGGUAAUGAAGAAGGCUCUUUUAGGCUUGACUCCUCCUCUGGCCGACUCUCUCUCCUCACUCCUCUCAACUAUGAGGAUCAGAACCAGUACGACCUGGCAGUGGAGGCGCGGACGGGAGAGGCUAGGAGCGAGGCGAAGGUCGUGGUGAGGGUGUUAGACGAGAACGACCAUGCCCCAGUGUUCCCCAGGUUGUUGCACGAGACACAGAUUACCGAAGAGGACGACCGACACCUUCCCAAAACCAUCCUCACGGUAACAGCUACAGAUGGUGACGGGGCUGAACAUGGCCAGCUGCACUACUCAUUGUCUGGGGAUGGUGUCUACCCCAACGGAACCAGCUGUUUCUCCGUUGAUCCCGUUACUGGCGCCGUUCUACUGUUAAGGCCUUUGGACCGUGAUCCGCCCCACGGACAGGCUAAGUGGAAGCUACGGGUGGAGGCUACGGACGGGGAGUUCGAAGCCUACACGGACGUCCAUAUCAACCUGAAGGAUGUGAACGACAACGCCCCUUACUUCCCCACCUCCACCCUCACCGCGUCCAUCUCCGAGGACACCCCCAAAGGAGCUCAGGUGAUCCAGGUGGUGGCGACGGACCAUGACGACCCACACGAGGGCCACAACGCGCAGCUGGUGUACUCUCUGGAGAAGAACGUGAUUGAUGAGUCAACUGGCAGCCCCAUAUUCAACAUUGACACCCAGCGGGGGCUCAUCACCACCGCCCUCUGUUGCCUCGACCGUGAGAAGACCCAGCAGUAUGCCAUCCAGGUGGUCGUUACUGACGGAGGCGGCCUCAAGGGCACAGGGACGGUGGUUGUGGACGUAGAAGACGUGAACGACGUGCCGCCCAGAUUCUCGAGGCCAGAGUGGACGCUGGACGUGUCGGAGCGCCACAGUCCAGACCGUGUGCUGGCCACCCUCACUGUGGUCGACCAAGACGUGUCCAACAACUUCACCUUCAGGGUGGUGCCAGGAAGCGGACACGGGUGGCAGAUGUUCAGGGUGGAGGGUAGACGUGUGGGAGGACCUGGUGGUGACCUGCGUCCUGUGGGGCCCCUUGACUACGAAAACCCCGACCAUAGGAGAGGAUUCCGCUUCCGGGUGGAGGUUACGGAUGCGGGAGAGGAUGGGUGGGAAGACAAGUACCAUGUGGACGGCGCCUGGGUCAACCUGCGCCUGGUGGACGAGAAUGACAACACGCCCACCUACGUCAGCGACCACGCCCACCUCACGCUGCCUGAGGACACGCCCCUCGGUACCGUCCUCACCACUUUCACCGCCCACGACCUGGAUGGGGGAGGUCGCAGCAGAAUAAGGUACACCAUAGCCCCGGCCAGUGACCCCGGGGGGCAGUUUCGGGUGGACAGGGCGGGGGCAGUGAGACUGGUGGGGAGCCUGGAUCGGGAGACAACAGCUGCCCAUACUGUGGUGGUAUGGGCGGUGGAUGAUGGUGUGCCACCCAGGACCGCCACGGCCAUCCUCAACGUAAAUGUAACUGACGUGAACGACAACCCGCCGUUUCUGAUUGAGCCACGGGAGGUCCAAGUGGUAGAGAACAGUGAGGCGCAGGUGGUGGCCCGGGUGAAGCUGAAUGACCCCGACGACUGGCGCCAGGGUCACGGGCCACCCUUCACCCUGGCACUCGACCCCAGGGCUCCUCCAUUUGUAGCUACCAACGUCAUGGUCACUCACGACGAAAGAGGGGACGAAGGUCGCGGGGUGGGAGUGGUGUCAACGGUAGGGGCGCUGGAUAGGGAGGAGCGCCCCGUGCUGCUGGUGCCCCUGGUGGUGAGAGACGCCGGCUCCCUCUCAGCCACCGUCACCCUCACACUCCAUGUGGCCGACCUCAACGACAACCCCAUGUACCCCGCCUCCAAGACCGUCACUGUCAACACCGUCCAGCCUCAGGGGAGCACGGUGCCCCUGGGGAGGGUAUACGUAAAGGAUCCUGAUGACUGGGACGCCGCCUCCAAGACCUACUCUUGGAGAAACCAUCAGCCAGGGUUCUCUCUCACCUCCUCCACCGGCGACCUCACCAUGGCUCCCGACACACCACCUGGACGGUACCAGUUGGGUUUCUGGGUCAGUGAUGCCAGCCAGGGUCAAAACGGGGUCAUGGCCAACGUCACAGUGGAGGUCAAGUCGGUGACCUCACGUGACGUCACACAGGCAACUCUGCUCACCCUCGAGGUCGACCCUUACCAAGCAAUCAAGGAAGACGGCCAAGUACAAGACUCCAUAGUACAUCGACUCGAGGUCACACUGCAGGCGUGGCUGAAAGGACACAACAGAGAACAUGGGGUGCGGGCAUGGGUAGAUGAGGAAAGUGUGGGUAUGCCGAGGGUAACAUCAAGACAGGGGCAGGAGCAGGUGAUGCCCACUACUCGGGUGUGGGUGGUAUCUCCGGGCGUCAGUAAUCUGAAUGACGUACUGGUGUACCACAGGAAGGAGCUGGCUGAAGUCCUGGGCGUUGGUAUUCAGGACAUUGGUGUGGCCACCUGUCAAGAGUCCACCCACCAGAGCAACAACACACCCACAAAGGAGCCACAGGGGUGUGUGGGGGGGUGCUGGGCGAGGACGGUGCUGGAGGAUGGGUACAGUGUGGUGGACGCCCACUCAUCCUCCCUGGUGGGCCCCCGCGUUCACGUGCAUCGUGGAUGUGGUUGCGUCACACCCACACUUGCCUUGGAGAACACCUGUACCUCUGAAACCUGUCUCAAUGGUGGGCGGUGUAUCCCCACCUCCACAGGCACCAGGUGUAUCUGUCCCUAUGGUACCUGGGGUUCCCGUUGUAAGGUCCUCAGCAGGUACUUUGAGGGCGCAGUCGACCCAGGGGGCGGGGAGGCGUCAGACAGCGGCGGAUGGGCAUGGGUCCCCUCUAUCCCUGCCUGUGUUGAAGUCCACAUAAGCCUGGAGAUCCUCACCACCUCUCUCGAUGGCACAUUGCUCUACUCAGGGCCCUUUGGGGAAGAUAAAGCCCCUGUAGGGACCACUAACAUCGAGGGGCAAACCGACAGCAGUGUUAUAAAGGACGUGACUGAAGGAGCCCUAAGACAAGGCACUGACUUCGAACAGAGACCCAUGAAAGCUAAUGAUUGGCUAAAAAUGGCCACAAGAAGACCCACCGACACGGUGAAAGGCUCCCUGCCAGGACAGGCCAGCGACGUGGUGCUGGUGGAGCUACGAGGUGGCCGCCCCUCAUUUCUGCUGGACCUCGGGGGCGGUGCCGUCACCCUCUCCCUCAAUGCCUCUUACUCCCUCGCUGACAACACUUGGCACAGGAUAGACCUCAUAUGGAAGGAUGAACUGGUUGAGAUGAUAGUGGACUUGUGCUCCGGAAGUAGCGUCGAUGCCCUCCCCAUGCAGCCCUCCAGCCCCACCCACACUAUUCUCCCAGACGCCCACACUUGCAGAGGCGCCGCCAGAUUACCCAAGGCUGCCCGCGUCCUCAACACAGACCAGCCGCUGCAGGUGGGUGGCCUAGCACACCCACCUCCCGCCCACACGUCGUUUGGCUGGCCUUCACCACUCCGCCCACCACCCUUCCGGGGAUGUAUUAGGAACUUGAGAAUAAAUGGAGGGCUGGUGGACAUGGGGGAGGCCGUCCUGGCGAGACACAGUUCCCCUGGGUGUUCUGCUGCUGACUGCCUCUCUGCAGGUUUACACUGUGGUCUUCAUGCCAGAUGCCACGGGUCCCCCAGGUCACUGAGGUGUGAGUGCCAGCCUGGGUGGGCGGGGUCUGGUUGUGCCACGCCCACCACUCCAACAAAUUUCCAGGUUAACAGCUACGUUAAGUUGGCACUCUCCUUCACCCCCCUUGGCUACACCACUACCAUCACCCUCAGAUUCCGCACGAGACAACAGCAAGGACAGCUGAUUGGGUUGUCAUCGCAGAGUGGUCAAGACCACUUUACCUUGCAGUUGGUGGAUGGCCAGCUGUGUGUCCUUCUCCAGUUUCACCCAGACCCUGCCAGGUCACUGUGUCUUGCCAGGGCCAAGGUUACGGACGGUCACUGGCACACGGCAGCCACAUCCAGGCAGGGGACAGCGACCUUCCUGGCAGUGGACGAUGGGGACGGCGACCUAUAUAAUGCCUCCGUGUCUCUGGAGGGACGGCAGCUGCUGGAGGUGGAUGACCAGGAAGGCGUUCACGUCGGGGGAACACCGGAGUAUGUUGGUGUCAGUGUCUUCCAGAUCCACGGCGACUACCAUGAUGGUUGUAUUGACGACCUGAGGAUAUCUGGGCGGAGUGUACCACUGCCCCCGACAGUGAACACCACGGCAUGGACUGAGGCGGGCGUCUUCAAAGGCGUGGAGCCUGGGUGUGGCGCCCCUCCAGCUUGCGCCAAUGUCUCUUGUAGGGCGCCGCUCUCCUGUGUCGACACCUGGAGGUCGUACCAGUGUGGGUGCGGGGCGGGCCGGGUCCUGAGCAAUAGCAGAGGGACGUGUCACGACCAUGACCUAUGUGUGUGGCGGCCCUGUCUCAACGGCGGCUCCUGCUUCAACAAACCCUCUGCUGGUUAUGUGUGCGCAUGUCCAGCUGGGUUCAGUGGGCAGCAUUGUCACCUGCCCGAUGCUGGGGAGACUUCGCUGAAACUCUCUCUGGGAGCCCUGGUCGCUAUCCUGGUGUGGUGUGCCUUCCUCUUACUAUUGAUCUGUGCCUUCCUACUGCACCAACACCACAAGAGGUCGGCAGUGAGGAGAGGCAUGGCGGGGGAAGUGAAGGAGAACUCUGGGGUGAAGGAGGAGACGUCGCCACCCUCCACCCACACACCUAAUCUGUUGGAGCUACAGUUGCUUAAGCCUCCAAAGGCCAAUGGUCAGCCAGCCUGGACCACCAAGAACCCCAACAUUGCUGACGUGGACGUAUUACAAGUGGACGCGGCAUCAGUCACUAGCAGUAUGGAGGACCAGAGGCGCUACUGCAGCUCCUUGACCAUGGCGGGAGUUCCUCUCCACCAAGGGGGAGGAGAUAAAGGGAGGGAGAUGACACCCUCCAGAAACAAGAACGGCGCGAGUCGAGGGGGCACAAGGACUCCCAGCCCUGGCGAUGACCUCAGGAACUAUGCUUACGAGGGUGAGGGAUCAUCCCCCGGGUCACUCUCUUCUUGUUUGGAGAGUUGCAGUGGGAGUGCCAAGUUCCUGGGUGGGUUCCGUGAGGUGGCCCACAUGCUGGAGUCCUGACAUUCGCCCAACCUUAGUCAGUCGUCGGCGUCAGAUACCAAGACAAACACUACCCAGCCAGUCACGACAGUUCUCCCAACUUCCGAAGGGGAUCUUGUGACAUUCACUCCCUACCCAGAGCCUCUGCCUCCACCAAUCAGCGAUGGAAUAACUCGACUUAGAGAACUUGUGGCCACGCCUACAAAAACACCAGACCCGCCUUGUGCCUUUCUAGUCUGAAUGAGAUACUUUCUCCUAUUAUUUUUUCAAUAAACGUUAUUUUAAAUUGUCCAAAUGCAACCUUUCAGAUGAUUAUAUAAAAAAUUAUCAUUUGGAUGAAAAUAUAUAAUUGGAAAGAAACAACUAAUUGUCUUUAAGCAGAUAUAUAUUUCUGUCCCAUGUGGAACCAGUACUGUAUCUAAUUAGGCAAAGAUAAUAUUCACGAACCGUGAACCACUUUCUGUCUCUCACUCUCUCCUCUUUCUUCACACACACACACAUCACCGACUAUUUCAAGAAAUCUCGUGUCAACUCAUGAAGGUAAACAUUACAGAACACACACAAAUAUAAAACAAUCCACCCCUCGUAAACUGUAAUAUGGAAAUCUGAUUCAUAUAAGGAUGGGUGCUCCGCAGACCAAUUAGUUCUCAUUUUUGUUAAGUCAACUUGACACUUGGUCAGGGAAAAAGUUGUGCCACCACCCCAACACGGAGUCCUGCCACUAGUGGUUUUAAGAAGAUUCAAACACUAAGACAAAUGACAAUGAGUUCUGAGACCCAAGCCAUUAAGCCUUAAUUAUUUCACAUAACUUCUCCUCAGCUCUGUACUUGCUGUGUAUUCCUUCUACAUCUCUCCAUUCAUCAUGUCUUGGGUUUCCAUCACACUUCCUGACAACAGUAACAGAAUUACACAUUUUUACCUCCUGAUUCAUUCAUUACAUGAUUCAUUAACUAACUGAUUCGUUAACUGGCUCAUUCACUUAACGUCGGACUCACUGAUUCAGCAACUCACUCACUAAUUCAUUGACUGAUUGACUCAUUCACCAUCUCACUAGCAGCUUGACUCAAUGACAGGCUCACCAACUUAGUCAGUCAUUUAUUAUCUGAUUCACCAACAGAUUCACUUUCAAAUUGAUUGACUCACCAACUGAUUGUCUCACUGACCGAUUCACCAACUUAUUGAUUUGCUGACUGUUUGACCACGUUAUUCAUUAGCUGCUCGAUUCAAUCUUUUACUGACUCUAACUGAUAAAGAGAACUUUUGACCAGGCAAAACUAAAGCAGCUUUUAUUGAAUUCUUAAUCAUUAUUAUUUACUAUUCUGAAAUAUUAGCUGAUAUACGUAAAAUAUUCUUUUGGAUUUUGUCUGUUGGUCAGCCCAAUAUCUUUCUUUUGUGACUGACUGACAAAUAUUGUUUUUCAUGUGAGAGAAUUCUGUAUUUUCUGUAAAUGUCUCAUUAUAUAGGCUGCCAAGCGUACAACCAGUUCAGCACAGACGCAGCUAUGUCCAACUCAUUGUCUCCCUAGUUCAGUAUUGUAUAAGGCUCGGUAUCGUGUAGUUAUAAAAUCAUAUUGCACUUGCAGUAGUUUAAAUGUCUUCUUUGUGUGUGUUAAGUCAUUAUUAUACAAUUCCCAUGUUUAGUUUUUAUAUUUACCUUAGUAUAAUUUCAUAAGCCUAUUUUAUUAUUUUGUGUGUUUUCUCACCCAACAAAUUUUUUGAGUUGUGGAACAUUUGUCUUCGGAAGAACUGAACACCAAGUGGUUACAGCACGGAUUCAGAAUUGGUAUGAUAUUGUUUGUGAACUGUAUACAGUAUAUGUGUAUAGGAGACGUUAUACUGUAGUAUGUCUAUGGGGAAAAAUUAUUAUAUUGGAGGAAAUGCAGGGGAAAAGAUUCAUAUUCAGCAUUUUUUUGUUUGUCUUCCAUAUCAACAACACAUAAUUUACGUAAAUGUUUAAAUUCAGUACUUCAGAAUUGGCAUGACACUGAUUUUGCAGCCGGUAAAUAGGCCUACAAUACUGUGCAAACAUCUUUUUACAGACACCACACACCAAAAAUUGGAUUCGUGCGAAAUUUAAACCCCAUAUAUGACCUCUUAACGAAUUGUUUACACCCAGCUACUCGGAGCAGAUCCAUUAAACCAUUAUCUUGAUUUAGGUCAGCUGAAGCCACAAUGUUGACAGCUUAAGCCUUAGAGCAAAAACCAUUUUUUUUAGUUUACUUCAGGAAAGACCAUAUUGUUGACACUAAAAGCGAAUAAUUUUGAAACGUGAUCAUUGUACACAUCUAAAAUAGAUUUCCCAUGUCGAACAUACCUCCAGAAGAUUUUAUCUAUUAACUGAUAAUUCCACUAAAUUAUGCCUAUUAACUGACUAUUCCACUAAAUUAUUAACUAACUAAUCCACUAAAUUGUAUAAAGCAAUUGUGAAGCCUACCAGAUUAUACUCAUUAUUAACUCAUAUCUACUAAAUUGUAAACAGAUCCACCAAACUAGACAAAUCCAAAAAAUUAUAAAAAACCACCAAGUUAUAGACAAACACUAAAUUCUACUCAAUAACUGACAAGUCUGCCAAAUAACUGUAUCAGUUACAAGAUCUCGGUCAUGGUAGAGAGAGAUAUUGUUGAUAUGUAGCGGGAUAGAUGUUCUUUUGUAGCCGGUCUUGUGGGAGCUGCAGCAGCCAGAUAGACCUUGCUGGAAGCAGCUAAUGUGAAACUGUAAUGAAAGUAAGAUGGAAACAGAAGCAUGCAGAUUUUUGUGAGUUACAGUCAGAUUGAUAUUGAAAGACGUAAAUUUUGUGAAAGUAACAACUGGAACAAACUUGUUUUUUAAGCUUUUUUUAUGCAGCAGGUUGACUCAACUGUUCGAAGUCGGUUGUGAGAAUGUUAUGAGUAACGACUGGAACAGACAAAUGGAAGACAGUUUUGUAAGAAUUGCAGCCACAUUGACUUUGAUAAAGUUGGCACUGAAAAUCGUAGCCGGAUAGACUGUUGGAGGCCGGUUUUGUAUUUUUCUAAGAUGUUAUCUGAAAAAUAAAGUAAGAUGUUGUUGCU